AUGAAUAUGGGUGGCGGCGAGGAGGAGAAGCCUGCACUCGAACAAUACGGCGUCGACCUUACCGCGAAGGCCAAGGAAGGAAAACUAGACCCUGUCAUCGGCAGAGACUCCGAGAUCCAUCGUACAAUCCAAAUUCUAUCGCGGAGAACGAAGAACAAUCCGGUUCUCAUCGGUUCUGCGGAGUCAAUCAAGAACAAGCGCGUCAUUGCGCUUGACCUUGGUUCGCUCAUUGCCGGAGCGAAAUUCAGAGGAGACUUCGAAGAGCGGUUGAAGAAGGUGCUGAAGGAGGUCGAGGAAGCCCAGGGUGGAGUAAUCCUGUUCAUCGAUGAGCUGCACACAUUGUUAGGUCUCGGCAAGGCGGAAGGCAGCAUCGACGCGAGCAACUUGCUCAAGCCUGCCUUGUCACGAGGAGAGCUGCAGUGCUGUGGCGCCACCACCCUUAACGAGUACCGGCAGAUCGAGAAAGACGUUGCCCUUGCCCGGCGUUUCCAGCCGAUUCUUGUUGGAGAGCCGACCGUUCCCGACACCAUCUCGAUUUUGCGCGGUAUCAAGGAGAAAUACGAAGUCCACCACGGUGUUCGAAUUACCGACGGAGCUCUUGUGGCCGCCGCUACCUACAGUAAUCGGUACAUUACCGAUCGUUUCCUCCCCGACAAGGCCAUCGAUCUUGUAGACGAAGCAGCUAGCGCUUUGCGACUCCAGCAGGAGAGCAAACCUGAUGCUAUCCAAGAGUUGGACAGGCAAAUUAUGACCAUCCAGAUCGAGCUGGAGUCAUUGAGGAAAGAGGACGAUAUCGCAAGCAAAGAAAGACGAGAGAAAUUGGAGGAACAGCUCAAGAGCAAGCAAGAAGAGCAGUCGAAACUGAACGAGAAGUGGGAGGCCGAACGACGUGAGAUCGAGGAGAUCAAGACCGUCAAGGAGAACCUCGAGAAGGCUAGGGUGGAGCUCGAACAGAGUCAACGAGAGGGCAAUUUCGCGAAGGCCAGUGAACUUCGCUAUGCAACCAUUCCGGCGCUCGAGCAGAAACUUCCCAAGGACGGCAUGGAGAAAGGCAAGUCCCCGGACAGCCUUCUGCAUGACUCCGUCACUGCAGACGAUAUCGCCAACGUCGUCAGCCGAACUACCGGAAUCCCGGUCACCAAGCUGAUGUCUGGCGAGAUGGAGAAGCUCAUCCACAUGGAGGACAUUCUCCGCCAGUCGGUGAAGGGACAAGAUGAGGCUCUGACGGCGGUUGCCAAUGCUGUACGCCUGCAACGUGCUGGCCUCAGUGGCGAGAACCGCCCGCUUGCCAGCUUCAUGUUCCUUGGGCCUACUGGUGUGGGUAAGACGGAGUUGUGCAAGAAGAUGGCCGGAUUCCUCUUCUCCACCGAAACCGCUGUCCUUCGCUUCGACAUGAGCGAGUUCCAGGAGAAACACACCGUGAGCAGGCUCAUCGGCAGUCCUGCUGGUUACGUCGGAUACGAGGAUGCCGGCCAGCUCACUGAGGCAGUGAGGCGGAAGCCGUACGCGGUACUGCUUUUCGAUGAGUUCGAAAAGGCACACCGCGACAUCUCCGCCCUUCUACUGCAGGUUCUUGACGAGGGCUUCCUGACCGACGCUCAAGGCCACAAGAUCGAUUUUCGCAACACAAUCAUUGUCCUCACGUCGAACCUCGGCGCCGAAGCAAUUGUCGGCGACGACAUGCUACACAAGCACCAGGUCGACACAGAGACGGGAGAGAUCUCACCGGCCGUGAAGAAGUCGGUGAUGGACACGGUAGCUGCAAACUACCCGCCCGAGUUCCUCAACCGGAUUGACGAGUUCAUCAUCUUCAGGCGGCUGUCGAAGGACGCGCUGAAGGACAUUGUCGACAUCCGACUGAAGGAGCUCCAGCAGCGACUGGAAGACAGGAGGAUCACGCUGAAGGUGCCGGAAGAGGUCAAGCAAUGGCUCUGCGAUAGGGGCUACGACCCCAAGUUUGGCGCCAGACCAUUGAACCGACUCAUCUCCAGAGAAAUAGGCAACAGACUGGCGGACAAGAUCAUCCGUGGCGAGCUCAGGAACAAUACGGUGGCGGCUGUGGCCAUCAAUGAGGGCGAGACCGGUCUCGAGGUGUCAGCCGAGACAUCGUGA